UCCAGUGGAGGAAGGUUUAAACUGGGAUUCUUCAAUGCUACGGGAAGCGAAUUUAGCGAAAGCCCCAAAAGAAGAUGGCAACCUUGAGGUAUGGAAUACUACCGGAUACGUUUAUUGGAGUACAAAAUGUGUUGAGAAUUCGUCGUCUACAAAUCGUACUGUGAAGCUCAUGGAUUCUGGAAACCUUGUCUUAAGGGAUGAACAGUUGGCGAAGAGUCUUUGGGAGAGCUUCCAAAAUCCAACGGAUACAUUUCUUCCAGGUAUGAAGAUGGAUAAACACCUCGAGUUGAUUUCAUGGACAGGUGAUGGUGACCCGGGAAAAGGGAAUUUCACGUUUAAGCAAGAUCAAGAAGGA